AUGACGGACAGGAAAGCGGUGAUCAAAAAUGCUGAUAUGUCUGAAGAUAUGCAACAAGAUGCUAUUGACUGCGCUACGCAAGCUUUAGAAAAAUACAAUAUCGAAAAAGACAUAGCAGCAUACAUAAAGAAGGAGUUUGACAAGAAAUACAACCCUACAUGGCACUGCAUUGUUGGACGUAAUUUCGGAUCGUAUGUAACACACGAAACGAAACACUUUAUUUAUUUCUAUUUGGGCCAAGUAGCGAUACUUUUGUUUAAAAGUGGCUAA